UUGUCACUGGGCUGUUCCAGAGCAUUUUUCACACACUGUGCCUUGGGCAUGACAGAGCCUGAUGUUUAUCUUUUAUUACCUGCUGGAUCCCCCUGGAAAGCAUCUCCAUGGAAUUCAUCAGUUGCUGCCUUUGUUGGAGGUCUACAUAUAAAUGCAUCCCCGAAGUCAUCGCUGAAGGGAGCGUGGUUUCCACAGCUGAUUUACAUUAAAAAGUGGUGAGAUGCAUGAUGAAGGGGACCUUCCACAGGAGGACACAAGAAAAGAUGGCGGUGAUGAAGCCGAAGGCAGCAGGACCAACAAAUUGAGAAGGACCAGGAAGAAAGCCACCAAACCACAUCUUUGUUCCACGGAGGGGGGCGAAAUCACCAUGGCCAAUUCUGGUGAAAGGACCGGAAACCAAACAGCAGAUCUGAACAAACCUGCCUCUUCUGAGUCUUGUCCCUCCUACAAUGACAAAGAUGUCCCAGAUCAGAUGCCAGUGGUGAGGCCAUCACUUCCCAGCACCCCAGCAAAUGCUCCUGAUGCCGAAUUCAACCAAAAUGCUGAUCACACCAGGGACAAUGCUCAGACUAUGAUCCCGCCUCAACUUUCUUCUAGAAUGAAACACAUUAAACAAGAAAUGGCCAAAAACCACCUCCAGUUUGUACGAUUUGAAGCAACAGACUUGCAUGGUGUCUCCAGAUCUAAGAGCAUCCCUGCACAGUUUUUCCAAGAAAAAGUGAUCCACGGUGUUUUCAUGCCCCGUGGUUAUCUGGAAUUGAUGCCGAACCCUAAGGACAAUGAGGUGAAUCACAUAAGAGCCACGUGCUUCAAUAGUGACAUCGUCCUCAUGCCAGAGCUGUCAACCUUCAGAGUCUUGCCGUGGGCGGAGAGGACGGCGCGGGUGAUUUGUGACACCUUCACAGUGACUGGCGAGCCUCUGCCGACUUCCCCCAGGUACAUUGCCAAGAAGCAGCUGCGCCAGCUGCAGGACGCCGGCUUCUCCCUGCUCUCUGCCUUCAUCUAUGAUUUCUGCAUUUUUGGUGUGCCCGAAGUGAUCAAUUCAAAGACCAUAUCUUUUCCUGCCUCGACAUUACUGAGUAACCAUGACCAGCCCUUCAUGCAAGAGCUGGUUGAUGGCCUGUAUCACACUGGAGCCAACGUGGAGAGCUUCUCAUCUUCAACCAGGCCUGGGCAGAUGGAGAUCUGUUUCCUCCCCGAGUUUGGCAUUAACUCAGCCGACAAUGCAUUCACCCUCAGAACAGGUGUCAAAGAAGUGGCCAGGAGAUAUAACUACAUAGCAAGCCUUGUCAUCGAGACCGGAUUCUGCAAUUCAGGAAUUUUGUCUCAUAGCGUCUGGGAUGUCGGUGGAAAGACAAACAUGUUCUGCAGUGGUUCUGGGGUCGAGCGGCUCACACUCACGGGGAAGAAGUGGUUGUCAGGCCUCCUGAAGCACUCUGCGGCUCUGAGCUGCCUGAUGGCCCCUGCGGUCAGCUGCCGCAAGCGCUACUGCAAGGACAGCAGAGACCUGAAGGACGACAGUGUGCCCACCACGUGGGGAUACAACGACAACAGCUGUGCCUUGAACAUCAAGUGUCAUGGCGACAAAGGCACCCAGAUAGAAAAUAAACUGGGCUCAGCAACCGCGAACCCCUACCUGGUGCUGGCCGCCACUGUGGCUGCAGGCUUGGAUGGACUUCAGAGCAGUGACGGUGCUUGGGCUGGUUCAGACGAGAGUCAGGAACUUGAGCAACCAGAACCUUCCGAGAUCCCUUUGAAGAUGGAGGAUGCUCUGGCAGCCCUGGAGCAAGAUCAGUGUCUGAAGCAGGCUCUGGGAGAGACUUUCAUCCGCUAUUUUGUUGCCAUGAAGAAGUAUGAACUGGAAAAUGAAGAAACAGACGCAGAGGGGAAUAAAUUCCUGGAGUAUUUUAUAUAGGAUGGAACUCUUAACUUUGGAGAUGUUAUUAUGACAAGUAGUUAAGCCAUCAGAAAGAAAAGAUGGAGCCUCUGUUAUUAACAAUACUAGACAGGCUUCCAUGCUCCCUACCCCCACCCCCAUCAUUGGGCAGA